GCUGCAAAAUCAAAGCCCUACGCGCCAAGACCAACACGUACAUCAAGACGCCGGUCAGGGGCGAGGAGCCCGUUUUCAUCGUGACUGGGAGGAAGGAGGACGUGGAGAUGGCGAAAAGGGAGAUCCUCUCAGCCGCCGAGCACUUCUCCAUGAUCCGGGCGACACGCAACAAAGUGAACGGGCUGACGGGAGCGAUGCAGGGGCCUCCCAACCUGCCGGGACAGACCACCAUCCAGGUGAGGGUCCCGUACCGUGUGGUGGGGCUGGUGGUNGGACCCAAGGGAGCCACCAUCAAGCGGAUCCAGCAGCAGACGCACACCUACAUCGUGACGCCCAGCCGGGACAAGGAGCCCGUCUUCGAGGUGACGGGCAUGCCCGAGAACGUGGACCGGGCUCGGGAGGAGAUCGAGGCGCACAUCACCAUGCGGACAGGCUCCUUCAUCGACGUCAAUGCCGACAACGACUUCCACUCCAACGGCACCGACGUCUGCCUCGACCUGCAGGGCAGCACGGCCAGCCUGUGGGCCAAG